AUGCAGAUACGCCCAUAUACGAGUACCCGGCGUAAUGACAUCAUCACGCCAACCCCAUUACAUACACCCAGCUUGUUGGUUAUCAAGUCUAAAUACAGCAGUAGACUUGUUGUGGGAGAUGAUCUUCGUUGUGCUCUUGCAAAGACUGCCCUGAGAAUUUCUGAUCUGGAUGGUAUGGGAAAUCUGAGAGUCACCAAGAAGGGAAUUCGACUUGAAGGUAUAUCUGAGUUUCUACUUCCAUUGUAUGUGAAAGAAAUUCAUUCCCGAAAGGAUAGUCCACUGGUCUUACAGUCUGACAGGAAUGUAACAGUGAAUGCAAGAAAUCACAUGGGGCAGUUAACUGGACAGCUGACAGUAGGAGCUGAUGCUGUGGAAGCUCAGUGUAAAAGAUUUGAAGUGAGAGCAAGCGAAGAUGGCAGGGUGCUGUUUUCUGCAGAUGAAGAUGAGAUUACCAUUGGGGCUGAAAAGCUGAAAGUUACAGGCACUGAAGGAGCAGUAUUCGGGCACUCAGUCGAGACACCUCACAUCAGAGCAGAACCUUCCCAAGACCUCAGGCUUGAAUCACCAACCAGGUCCUUGAUAAUGGAGGCUCCUCGAGGGGUCCAGGUGCGAGCUGCUGCAGGAGACUUCAAGGCCACCUGCAGGAAGGAGCUCCACUUGCAGUCUACAGAGGGCGAGAUAUUUUUGAAUGCGGACACCAUUCGGCUGGGAAAUCUGCCCACCGGCUCUUUCUCGUCUGCACCCAGCUCUCCCAACCCUCGACAGACAGUGUACGAACUGUGCGCCUGCCCCAACGGCAAACUCUACCUUUCUCCGGCAGGAGUGGGUUCCACCUGUCAGUUCAGCAGCAGCAUCUGCUUGUGGAGCUGAAGUGACUGAUUCCUCCUCACACCAGAAUAGCCUUUUGUUCCUGUCUGUCUGCUUCACGGUUCUGCUCGGUUUCCCUUGUGAUCAGUCCAGAGCUGCUUCAAAUGGUCCACGGAGCAACUUCUCCCGGCGUCAGCAGGGAUUCGCCUCCACCUUCUCGUGUGAGUUACUGUCCCGCUCAGCACAGAGGGGGUGCGUGGCAGGACAGCGGAAGCUCGUCUUCAGCAGGAAAACUGGAUCAUAACUUUGGCUCAAAGGGAGAAUAACAUAGGUGCCUUUGCUACAUGAAGUGAAGCACACAGUUUUAGAUUUUUGCAGGACCUGGAUAUGAACUGCACAUAUGUCCAUUACCUAGAUGAAAUUCCCUAUGUCCAGUGGCAAGAUGAAAUGGUUAACCCUGUGAGAAAACUAACACGACAGUCUGAAAGCACAAUUUUCCAUUCAUCUUUUUAGAUGUACACUUCCCCCGCCCCGAGAAUUUUAAAA